GUGUAAUGUAGAUGAUGUGUUUUAGAGGAGAGCUCUUGUCUCUAGAAAAGUAGUAUUGUAUUGAUGUUUCUUGGUUUUGCUUUUUUUGAAAAUGAGUACAAUGAGUCCUAUUUAUAGGAGCUAGAGGAUCAUUCUAGAUCCUUAUUAAAUGCUAUGAUUCUAGAGUAUUCUACAUCUAUGUCUAAUUACUCUAGAUUUUACAUAAGAAUUCUCUAGUAGAGAAUUUUCUAGAAUACUUUCUAGUUUUAACUCUCUAGAUCAUCUCUAGCCUUUUCUACAUAGAAUAUUCUAGAUAAAUGCAUCACUAUUUAAUAGUUAUCCUUGAUUCACUUCUCCCAAACCAAGCCCAGCCCUGACCUUGUCCGCCAUUCCCCCUUCUCCAGCCCCAACCUCUGCCACCAAGCUAUCACUGGCCAUCGUCCCUGUAGCUCGGCUAUUUCACGCAGUUGCACAGCGGAACCCUAUCCGUAUGACAUCAUCGAUGGUGAUCCAGAUCUGACCGUCAUCGAUGAACUCUGGCCCCAGGUCACUGUAGCCGUCGUCGCAGAUCUGACGGUCGUCGCCCAUCAUCCUCGACCAGAAUAAGGUAAAGAAGUAGAGUACAAACGAGGAGGAGACGGUGGCGGUGGCGCGGCAUCGCUGCGAUGAAUACGGCGGCGGCGUGGAUUGCGGUCAUAAACGGCGAUGUGGAAUGCUGGCGGUGAUAAAGUCGUGAACGGCGUUGUGGUCAGAGGCGGAGGCGGUGUGGAUUGGGCGGUGGCGAAGUCCCAAGGUCAGCGGCGGCGGCGUGGAUUGGGCGGUGGUGAACUCUGGAGUUGUGGAGCUCGAUGGUUUUUGAGGAGCUGCCAAAGUGCUUUUGAAAGAAAUCGAAUUAAGGAUCAAGUUUUUUAUUUAAAUGGUCACUUUUUUGUCCAAGUAAAAAGCACUCUUAUUUUUGUCCAUCCAAGCUUCACAAGUAAUAUUAGUGUCAUUGUUUCUAGAUAGUUUCACUAAAAAAUUGACAUUACCAAAGAGUAACAAUGCCAAUUUGUUGGCAUUUGUUUACACAAAAUGACAUCUUUUAUCAAUUGAAGGUGGUGGUGCUAAGAGCCGGUAGAGGCGGCGGAAAAGGCAUCCAAAAAAAUUCAUAUUUUUUUUGUUUUCACUAUUUCAUUUUUUUUAUUUUUCAAAAAAUAUUUUUUAUAAAUUUUUAUUUUAUAAUUAUAUUAUUAAUAUUUUAGUAUUUUAUUAUGCUUUUUAUUAUUUUUUUAUGAUUUUAUGAUGAAUUAAAACAUUUUAGUCUUCAUUAACAUAGGGG